AUGCCCGCUGUCGAGCCAGACGAUCCAAUGUCUGACCCAGUGCCCGCGGUCAUGCCUGCUGACUCGGAGCCCACUGUCAUACCUGUGACCCGAUGCCCGCUGUCGAGCCAGACGAUCCAGCGCCAGAUGACCUGGUGCCUGCUGUCGAGCCAGACGAUCCGGUACCUAAUGACUCGGUUCCCACUGCCUUGCCAGAUGACGCGGUGCCCGCUGUCGAGCCAGACGAUCCAAUGCCUGAUGACCCAGUGCCCAGACCUGCAUUCUCUGCCUUGGUGUGUGUUUUUCCUGGGCCCUGUAUCUUGUUACCUGCAUCCCUGUCCCUGUCCCUGUUCCUGUCUGUCUGACUGAUUCGUUGCUGACCCUGCCUGAUCCGGACCUCUGCUGACUUCUCCUGUUUCAUCCCUGGCUUGUGACCCCGACCACUCUCUGCCUGACCCCCUGUACCUACCUGCCCGAUUGUUAUUGACCCGGCCUGCCUGAUGACGCUUGCAUUGU